AUGGCCCCAGGAACAAGACGCGCUGGCCGCAGCGGCUACGCCGAGCACGACGACUUUGAAGGUCUUCCCGUCCGUCAAUGGCGGCCCGAAUGGGUCAACGUCGCGCCUCCGGUGCAGCAGGAGCAGCAGCAGCAAAACGACAUCUGGGCCAUCGAGCUCAUCCACGGCAUGCCCAAAGAUGCGACUCUGCUGCCGCCGCACACGCAGGAGCUUCUCCGCGCUGCGCGUUCCGGCCGGCUAUACAAGCGCCCGCACCCAAACGAGGAUGAGGAGGCGGAUAACGAGACCAGCAUGCAGGACAAGCUCGAGAAGAAAGAGGAGGAUACAAGCGCGCAGGGUUAUCAGAUCCGGGUUUGGAAGCAGCUGCCCAAGAAUGUCGAGGCACCGGAGAUCUCGCACCUCGCUAAGCGUAGGAAGAACACCGUCACCACGGCGAGCCGAACGAUAGAGGAGAAGGUCCAAGGGCCGACGGUGACCAGGGCCACAGUCCGGCGGAUGGACGCAGCUGGAAACCCGUACACGGAGGAAGUUACUCUGUCCGAAGGCCAACGGGUAGACGGCGAAGUCAUAUCAACCAGGGUCGAGGCCAUCCCCGCGGCACAGCCAGAUACCUAUGCUGCCAUGUCGCAGGCAGCAGCCAGGAGAAGGCCGCCGCCACCGAAGAGAAAAGCAAAGGCUGGGCCUGGGCGAGGCAAGAAGAAGUCAAGACAGCAGCCCUCUGCAGAUCAGCAGGCGGCCAGAAGUGUGCCUGCAGCGGCUGGAGUCGCAGCAGCGAUCAAGACUGAGAGCAAUGGAGGAGUCACACUCGCACAAAACGAAAACGCGCCUCCGAAUGUGGAUAGCGAAAUUGGCGAUGGCGAAGGCGACGGGGAUGAAGAGGAGGAUGAUGAUGAAGAGGGCGACGACGGUGACGAGGGCGAAGAUGGAGAAGAAGGCGAAGGCGACGAAACUGGUUUUGUCGAUGAAUCCAUUCUAGAUGCUCCCAAGGAUCACGAUGAAGAAAUGGCCGAUGCGUCUCACAUAAUUGAGAACCCUGAUACUGAGAUGCAGGAUGAACAGCCGGCGCCAGAAGAGCCAGCGCCAAGAGAGCCCUCGCCUCCCAAGCCAGCAAAUCCUACACUCGAACUACCUCCGGAGAACCCUCUUUCUCUGCCGAUCAAGCACGAAGACACGCCUCCUAGGAAUACCGUCAUCGUGCCCUCUCCAUCCGCGCCAUCGGUGAGCACCGAGCCCGAGGCCGCAAUUGCUCAGCCCUUUUUGGAUUUGCCUGUUGUCGAUAACACAGCCGACUCUACUGUCGCUGAGCCGCCUUCAACAAUCGUUGGAGAAGCUCCUCAGGAGGCUAUUGAGCGAGAUAUUCCGCAUGAUGAAGCUGCCCUUGAAAGAGCCCUUGAAAGACCCGUUGAACAAGCGGCUUUGCCUCCUCCUGACCAAGUAGGCAAUAUCUCAAGCCCGAGGGCUGAAGAUGAAAGCUUCCGAGCCUCUGAUGAAGCUUCCAAGGGACAAGACAGCGUCCAACCCGAUGCCAGCGUCCAAAGACCGAUGAUAAUGCAUCAGCUGUCUACAAUGACCGAGGAUACCAUCAAGCCGGAGGACUCAGUCUCGGUAACAGCUCCUAUGCCUGGAUCUGGGGCACCUUCGGAACUUGGAAACGUAUCAGUAGAUGAUGGAAAGGAAGAGACUGUAGCUGCAAGCACAAGGGCUGAGUCAACUGAACCGCAGGUGGUUGCUCCUGAAGCAGCUGACGAUGCUCCUACGGCCAAGGAGGAAGAGGACGAGCCGGAUCUGCUUGGAGGUCUGAUGGGAGAACUUGAUCGCCAGGCAGCUGCGUCACAGCUACUGGAAGAAGUUAUUAAGCCCGACACCACGUCCGCCCCCGAGGCUGAACCUGAGAGUCCUGUUGAUACAACACUACCUGACGUUGCUGAACCUGAAGGUCCUGUUGAUACAACGCUACCUGACGUUGCUGAACCUGAAGUUGAAGCUGAGCCUGAAGCUGAGCCUGAAGCUGAGCCCCAAGUUGAACCCCAAGUUGAGCCUGAAGCUCAGCCCCAAGUUGAACCCCAAGUUGAGCCAGCGGCUGAGCCUCAAGUUGAGCCUCAGGUUGAGCCAGUAGCUGAGCCUCAGGUUGAGCCAGUAGCUGAGCCAGUAGCUGAGCCUGAAGCUGAGCCUGAAGCUGAGCCAGUAGCUGAGCCUGAAGCUGAGCCUGAAACUGUGCCUGAAGCCGAGGCCGCACCGCCCGUCACUGAAGACGACGCCAUGCACGACAUCCCGCAGCCAGAGACACUGCCUGAGCCAGAGCAGGAAUCAAAACUAGAAGAUGAACCAAACCCGGAGCCAGAGUCCCAACAUGAGCUAGAGCCAGAGCCAGAGUCAAAGCCAGAACCUGAGCCAGAGUUGAAACACGAACCGGAACCUGCGCCUAAAUUAGAGCCUGAAACUGUGCCGGAAGACGAGCCCAUGGCAGAUGCAGCUUCGCCAGUGAAGUCAGAACCUCCCGCUGAAGAAGGACCAGGAGAAAAAGCAGACCCGCCGGCCAACGCAUAAAUUAGCUUCAUGGCUUGACGCCAUUCGAUACGAC